CGUUCAUUGUCCUGACAUUAAGAAUGUUAUUCCUGACGCACUUAGUCACUUAUUCCCAGAUGAAUAUUUGGAGGAAGGUAAUAAUAUCAUUAGUGUUGACAUUAACAACAUCAGUAGCAAGAAAAAAAGGAAAAUCUGCUUUUAACGAAAAAUCUAAAAGCAAUGAUAAGUGCGCACAAGUAGUCACCUGUACCCCACAAACCAUGCUGCAUCGUACUUUGCAAUAUGAAGACUUUAUUACAUCUCUUCUUGAGGAAAGACGUGAUAUCAUUCUUGGUUCAUUUGCUUGGUCAUUUUGGAGUUAAAGCUGUUGAAUUGGCCAUUCAUGGCGAUAAU